AUCAAAUGCACCACCGUCCACUCAGAACCCGGUGGUCAUCCGGUGGGUGCCAGAUCCACUGUCCAGUGCCCGGCCGGUCAGGUCAUGACGGGAUGCAAUGUGUACACGCCCAACGCUAAAGCUGCCGGGGCCUUCAUUGAGAGUAAGCCUAUCUACCUUCUGCAGUGCUGUGUUAAAUUGUUUGGUCUGAAUGUCAUGGAUAGGAUUGUGUAAAUUAAAAGUGUUUUACUGAAUAUGUUUAAUCCUCACUAACAACAGGUAAUACGGGUAACACUACCAUCAAGUAACAUUAGCAAUAUAACAUCAACAAACAGUGGUAAUAGAUGGCGAUUAGUUUUGUCGUUUCCCACACAUACGACUAUGAUGGGGAUAAGUUGUCAUGAUAUUAUAAAAAAUCCUUGAACCUCGAAACAGGGGCGUAGCUCGGAUUCGUGUUAUGCGUGGGGGGUGGGAUUGGGGACAGGAUUUUGUCGCACUCUUUCACAACCACAACUCUGCAAUUGGUCCAAAAUGGCGCCUAGCCAAAUAAAGAAAAAGAGAUCCUCCCGUGUUGGACCUCAGACCAGCUUCAUACGCCUCUGCCUCGAAAGUCCUCGACACCGAUGAUCUUAGAGCUUGUAAUAUGAACUCUUCAUCGUGUAAUCGUUCUCUGUUCAUACCAAUUCUGUCAGGUAAUGUUGAAUUGCACCAUAUAUCAGCACACACUCACAUUUAAAAAAAAAUCAUUACCAAGGCUGCUAUGUUAUUUUUUUUUAGAAUUGUGUUUUUUUUUUUUUUUUUUGGGUUUUUCCCGGGUUUGGAUUUUUUUUUUUUUUAUUGGGUUGUUUCCCGGGUUUGGGCUGGGAGGGGGGGGGUGGGUAUUAAGCAGUUAAUUGUUACUCAUUUUAUGAUUUUCGGAAGAAAGAGGGUUUUUUUUUUUAUAUAUACAUAACGAUUAUCUUAACACAAUAAUCAUCUUGCUCUCCCUAGCAACCAACGGAGUCGAUCACUGCGUUGCUGUCAAUGGCUACGAGAGGUUUGGAAAUGAGGGAGGUGUUGUAGCGUACGCCACUUGCUGCCACGUAUAA